AUGGAAAAUGUUGUAUUUGGGUCAUUUGGCAUCUCUGACUUUAAGUGUAAACUCUGUUUAGAACAGAAGGACAAUCUAACAACACGCCCGGGUGAUAAAAGAAAAUCCGACGCUGUCCCGCCUUGUAGGUUGUUUGGUAUUGACCUGAAUAGCACCUCGGCAGGUUCAACUAUCGAGAUCUCCAAGGCUGCAGUUGAAGGAUGCUUUUCAAAGACACCGUCCUUUGGGGAUUCAGAGCAAAAGUCUGACCUUUCUAUUGAUACCAAAGGUCUGAAGCAAGAGCAAUCACAGGUCACUCAACCGAAGGAGGGCCAAACCAAUCAGAAUUCUUCUAUUAGAAGUCGUACCAAGGUUCAAAUGCAAGGGGUGGCAGUGGGCCGGGCAGUGGACUUGACAGCAAUAAAAGGAUACGAUGAACUCACAAGUGAACUUGAAGAUAUGUUUGAGAUCCACGGAGAGCUUCGCCCAAGAAAAAGUGGGAAAUUGUCUUCACAGACGAUGAGGGGACACAAUGCUUAUGGGGGGGGAUCAUCCAUGGCUAGAAUUCUGUAG